AGUAUAAAACACACGGAGUUAGCUUGUCUUGAUUCAGAAGCCUCAUCACACUAAUAUAGACUUGCAACAUCUCCAAGAUGGACGGUUGGUCGAUUCUGCGUACAGUCACCGGAAGCAUUGGCAUCCUGGGUAACUCUGUCGUCUGCAUUGUCAUCGCUAAAGUUCCGGCCAUGAGAACACUGACCAACGUCUUCAUCUUCAACCAGGCUCUGGUCGAUCUACUCGGCUCGUUGUUCAUGGUGCUUCACAAUAACAUCAGAGCACCGAAGGUACUGCAUCCCAACGCCGUGAUCGCGACCAUCCAGUGCUACAUUUGGCAGUCAAAUGUCAUCCUCUGGGUUCUUUACGUCGCAUCGACUUUGAAUCUGGUCGCUCUUACAUCUGAGCGCUACGUGGCCAUUGUGUACCCGUUCAAGUACGUGACUUACUUCGGUAAGAAACAGGCCACGGGUAUGCUUGUCGCAGUUUGGGUGUUGGCAAUCGGCUACAAAGGCACCAAUGCGUUCUAUUAUGGAAUGGAGGAUCGCGCUUGCGUGUUUGCCAGUCUGUCUACAGCGGCGAACGUGGCAUGGGGAACUAUUACAUUUCUCGUCGAGUACUUGAUCCCGUUGAUUUUUAUGACUUUCUGCUACGUCCACAUUAUCCUUCAGCUGAAGAAAGCUUCGACAACUGUCCACGCCGAGCCAUCAACUAGCCAACAAAGCGACAGUAGUAUGAGUGGUUCCCUUCUUCGCGCCCGACGUAACACCCUGAAGACCCUCUUCAUUGUCUUUGUGACAUACACCAUCUGCUGGUCGCCCAAUCAGAUCGCCUUCUUCAUGUUUAACGUCGGGUUUUUCUCGCUAGACUACAACAGCGCUUUCUAUUUUAUCACAGCGGUGCUGGUGCAGCUGAACUCUUGCAUAAACCCGAUCAUCUACGCCUUCAAGUACAAACAGUUCCAGACAGGUUUACGAGUUUUGCUAGAACCGUGUUGCCCGAAACUGGCUCCUAAACGCCAGCAGGAAUCGGUGGCAACCAUUGCUGGCAACCACCGCCCAAAUUAAGGACAAU